GCAGUACACACCUCCUUAUACAACCGAGCUGUGCAUAGUACACUACAUGUAACUACAUGCCAGCUAGUAAUGACUUUGAAGGACAGACUAGGAGGUGGAUUUACCACUCUUUCUUUCCAACUCUGCACACAGUCUGCCAUUGAAUAACUAAUACCCUGUAGUUGAACGGACACUUUGAAGUUGGAUUACCUUUCCUGUGCCUGUGGAUAUAAGUCUCUGAGGGACUUCAGAAUGAAGGUGCCUCAUUCAUCUCUGAUCACCUUUGCUCUACUGUUUAUACAACUAACCAGUGCAUCAGGGGGGAAAAUCCUGGUGUUCCCAUUGGAUGGAAGCCACUGGGUAAACAUGAAAGUACUCAUAGAGGAACUACAUGCCAAAGGCCAUGAUGUCACUGUGGUCCGGGCAUCUGAUAGCUGGUACAUCAGUGAAAAGUCUCCUCUCUACACCUCUGUCACCCUUACCAGCCCUAAUGGAUUUGAGCAGAACUUUGAAACCUUUCUGUCUCGACAGCUUGAGAUCCGGCUUCAGGGUGGUCAUACCUCUUUUUGGUCUCGCUUCUGGACUCGUAUUGAGAUGGAGCGGGUGGUUGUGGACCAGUUCUCUCAGUUCCAUAAGGGAAUGAGUGAAAUGGUCCUUCAGAUGUUUGAAGAUGAAAACCUGAUGCAGUCUUUGCACAAAGCCAAAUAUGACAUGGUUUUGACUGACCCCGGUAUCGGCGGAGGGGCGAUGCUGGCACGUUGGCUCCAAGUUCCUCUUGUUUUUAAUGUCAGAUGGACCAUUCAAGGUGAAGCUCAUCUCCUUAUGGCCCCUUCACCUCUGUCAUACAUUCCUUUCACUGCCACAGAGUUCACAGAUAAGAUGACCUUUCCUCAAAGAAUAACAAAUGUUUUGAGUUACAUCCUUGGGAUGUACACACUAUCAUACAUCACAGAACCUCAUUACAAACCACUAGUUAAGAAGUACUUUGGUCCUGAUGUCGAUUAUUCAACGUUUUUCCUGGAUGCGGAUAUAUGGCUUAUGAGGAAUGAUUUUAUCUUUGAAUAUCCACGUCCAACGAUGCCAAAUAUAGUCUACAUGGGUGGAUUUCAGUGCAAACCCCCAAAGCCGCUCCCCGUGGACCUGGAGGACUUUGUCCAGAGUUCUGGUGACCAUGGGGUCAUUAUGAUGACCUUAGGAACUUUAGUCGGGACGCUUCCUCAACAUAUUGCAGAGGAGAUUGCUGCAGCCUUUGCCCAGCUGCCUCAGAAGGUUGUGUGGAGGUAUAUGGGACAAAAGCCAGCCAACCUGGGCAACAACACAUUAAUAGUCAACUGGCUGCCACAGAACGACCUCUUAGGACAUCCCAAAACAAAAGUGUUUGUGGCCCACGGAGGCACUAAUGGUGUUCAGGAGGCAAUUUACCAUGGAGUUCCUGUUGUUGGACUUCCCCUAUUCUUUGAUCAGCCUGAUAACCUGUCCAGGAUCAAAGCAAAGGGAGGAGCUGUGAUUGUAGAUAUCGCCGUUCUUGAUAGACAUAUCUUUGCAGAAGCCCUGAUGGCCGCUCUUUACAAUUCCUCCUACAGAGAAAACAUGCAGAGGCUCUCCAGGCUGCACAGAGAUCAGCCCAUGAAACCACUUGAUCAGGCGGUGUUUUGGAUAGAAUAUGUGAUCAGACAUAAAGGAGCCCGUCAUCUGCAGACAAUGUCCCACAAAAUGUCCUGGUUUGUUUACAACUCUGUGGAUGUCAUCGCUGCUCUGUUGACGUUUGUUUUGCUUAUUACUUUCACCUUCAUUUCAAUUAUAAGGUUACUAGGGAAAAUGAUUUUUAUUCGGAAAAAAGUUAAACAUGAAUGAUGUGAAAAAUAAUGUGUGUGAAAUCCAAGCAUGACCAAAUAUUAACCCAAUUAUCUCUGUGUGAUGUUUUUUAAAUUAAUAAAAUGUGAAAAAAAUGACUUGAGUUUGGCAGUAAUUUAAUACAUUUUUAGUUCAGCCCUUUUUCUACAUCUUUUUAAUUUCAUAUUUUUAGAGACUUACUAAAAGGGAUCACUCAUUCAGUAAGUUUCUUAUUUAAAAAAAAAAAUCUAAACACAUCAUAAAUCAGGAAUAAAUAUGUUGGCUAAUAUUUAUUACUGUAAACAUGAUCUGCAUAUCUGAAUGUGAUGAUUAAAAUCUCUUUUAAAAAG